CUUUUGAACCUACCUUGCCCUUUCAUUAAAAGAUCUGGAAGAGCGUAUCUAAGGAUACAUGUCAUCGUAAGGUCAGCAGUUUUACAAGGAUUUUGUCUUCUGUUGACAUGUAUGGAUAUUGGGCACAUGAGCAUGCACCAUCCAACAAGAUUCCUCCAUUUGUAACAACGGAACUCGAAACUGGACACUUCGUAGAAGCACCAUCCAUGAAGCUUCUCUUGCUUUUAGUGUUUCUUGCCACUCUGCUGGAUAGUUGCUACAGCCUCCAGAACUGUACCAACCCAUGUCACAAGUAUGCAAAAUGUGAAGUUCGCAAUGGAAUCCAUGGUUGUUACUGUAGCCCAGGAUUCACCGGACCUGGGAUUGAUGCAGAUGGUAACAGUGGUUGCUAUGAUGAUAAUGAAUGUGCAAAUGCCACACAACUUUGUGGAGAAAAGGCAAACUGUACAAAUACUAUGGGAAGCUACUUCUGCAUGUGCAAAGAUGGAUACAAAUCUAGUAAUGGGAACACAAGCUUUGUAACCAAUGAUGGUACUUCUUGUAGAGAUAUAGAUGAGUGCAGUGAACUGGGAACCGAUGCCUGUGGAGAUCAUGCACAAUGUGAGAAUAUGGAUGGAGGAUACAGCUGCACCUGUAACGAAGGUUAUCAACCAUCCACAGGAAAAUUACCAUUUAAACCAAAUGAUGGCACUUCCUGCCAAGCAAUACCAGAAACAACCUGUGAACUGAACAACUGUAUAGCUAAAAGCAUUAACCAAACUUUAGCUAAAAUUAGUGAAUUAAAAGAUCCUCUGGCUGUAUUACAAGAAAUCAACAAGAACAGCAUAGGACCCAUUACACCAGUUGAAGUAGUUUCUUAUGUUGAAAUGUUAUCUGUACCCUUUUCCUUGCUGAGUGUCACAAAUUACACAAUUUCUGAUGAGAGGCUUCGAGAUCAAACUCUUAAUGAAUUUGUUAGUAGUGUAAAUAAUUUUGUUCAGGAAGAUAAGAAGGCAGCUUGGGAAGCUGUUCCAGCAGACAACAGAAGAAGAAGCCUUACCAAAUUGAUGCACGCUGCCGAGGAAACAACAGCCUUGCUAUCUCAGAAUUUCCCAAAGAUGGCAGAAGUAGAAGUUAAUGCUAGUGAUAUGGCUGUAAGACUUUAUACUUUUGACACAGAGAAGGUGAACCUCAUCAACCAAAAUACUCAGAUGGGAGCAGACAGCAUUAAGGUCUCUGCAAAGAAAAAUGAAAUAUCUUCUGCUAAAGGCACAGUUGCAGUUGUGUUUCUGCGAUACGACAAUAUUGGAGCUCUGCUUUCAUUACCACAGAACUUGUCCCUGACAGAAAAUACAGAGGAUGGAGAAAUAGUAGGUUCAUCAGUUAUAGCUGUUGCAAUUAGGUCCACUCCACCUGGGCUAUAUUCAGCUGAGAACAUAAUAUUUACUUUAAAACAUGCACAGACUGUAGGCAAAAAGGACGUUAAAUGUGUAUUUUGGAAUUAUUCAGAAGACACGAUGGAAGGGAAGUGGGCCACAGAAGGGUGUGAGAAGACCCACUCCAGUAGCACACAUACCUCAUGCAGAUGUAACCAUCUUACUCAUUUUGCAGUCUUAAUGUCUUCAAAUGGCUCUAAAGUUGAAACUAAGGAUUAUAUUCUUACAAGAAUCACUCAGCUUGGAAUAAUUAUCUCAUUGAUUUGUCUCGCCAUGUGCAUUUUCACCUUCUGGUUCUUCAGUGAAAUCCAAAGUACGAGAACAACAAUCCAUAAAAAUCUCUGUUGCAGCCUUUUCCUGGCAGAGUUUAUUUUUUUGAUCGGAAUUAACAUGAACACUAAUAAGCUAUUCUGUUCCAUCACUGCUGGACUGCUCCAUUACUUCCUCCUAGCGGCUUUUGCAUGGAUGUGUAUCGAAGGCAUUCACUUGUAUCUUAUAGUUGUUGGAGUAAUCUACAAUAAAGGAUUCUUACACAAGAAUUUCUAUAUUUUUGGCUAUGUAAGCCCAGCAGUGGUGGUUGGCAUUUCUGCUGCACUGGGAUAUAAAUACUAUGGAACAACUGAUGUAUGUUGGCUCAGCACAAAGAAUAACUUUAUAUGGAGUUUUAUAGGACCAGCAUGUCUAAUAAUCCUUGUGAAUUGGAUGGCAUUUGGAGUAAUUAUCUAUAAAGUAUUUCGUCAAACAGCUAUGCUAAAGCCAGAAGUUAGCUGCUAUGAAAAUAUAAGAUCCUGUGCCCGAGGAGCACUUUCUCUCCUUUUUCUCCUGGGGGCUACGUGGAUUUUUGGCGUGCUUCAUGUCAUCCAGGGAUCAGUGGUCACGGCAUAUCUUUUCACAAUUUUCAAUGCAUUUCAGGGACUGUUCAUCUUUAUAUUUCUUUGUGUGCUGUCACGAAAAAUCCAGGAUGAAUACUCCAGGGUGUUCAGAAAUGUCCCUUGCUGUUUUAGAUGCUUAAGGUAAAUUGAUGGAAAGCCAAGAUGAGCAGCACUGUGGAAGGAAA